AUGGAGCUGCGGACGCUGCCCAGCAGGCUCGCUGGCCGAAGCGAUUGGGAUGAGGACGAGCCGCUCAUGGGUGCGCAGAGAGAGCUUUCGAGCCCGCAGCCCGACGAGCGAGACGACGACGAGUUAGCAACAGCUGUCGUGGAGUCAACGAGCGGCCGAGAGCUUGGUUUGGCGCUAGGCAGCUCGGAGGUCUCCUUCGGUGCCGAGGAGCCGAGCUGGCCGAGCUCGGAGAGCACACCCUCGGACUCGGAGAUGGAAAGGGAGAUUCAAAGCGAGAUCCAACGCAGCUUCGGCACCGCCAAUACCGAAGGCGUCUCUGCGUAUCUCCAAGGAAAGCGUCCGAGCUCCGCAAGGAGAAGGUCCGAGAGCCCAGUCGGCGCGAGUGGCUCGUCGAGGUCUCCAAAGACACGCCGCUCCGCCCGGCUCUCCGCCCGCUCCGAAACUUCGGACGGGGAGGACUGGGCCGUUCGGUGGCCCGUUCACGAGCGCCUCUAUGCAAGGGGCACCGAGGCUCAGCACAGCCGCGCUGCGAGCAGAGAAGCGGAGAAGUUAGCAAGAAACAGAUGGCUUUCUCCGAAGGUUUUGAAGGAUUACGGCCCGGCAGCAGAAGCUUGCCGAAGGCUCCACGAAGGCGUCCAGUCUCGCCAGGAGCAGCUGGCGAGGACGCGCUUGAAGUAUGAAAAAGCAUUUGCAGCUGCGGCGCCCUUCUCUCCCAAUCGUUCGGGAGAGGGAGCUGAGGGAGGGCCGCUGAGCCCUCGCAGAGGCUUCAAGGCUUGGGUGCAGGAGCAAGAACUCUGGAAGCGACAGCGCGAUGAACGGCGAGAUGAGAGAGCCAAGAAUCUCGAGAUGAUGGAAGCGGACUAUGCCGAGCGGCACAGCGUCCAUCGUGACUGCACUGCAGAUCCAGAUCGGGUUGUGGCCAGAUUGUGCUUUUUUGGGAGGAAGAGCAAGGAGAAGUUACAGAAGAUGCGCACCGAGAAACUGGAGAUGGAAAAGCAAGAAAUUGAGGAGAAGUCUGUGCACCGUGAUGUGCAGCUGGAUGCCGCGAAGGUUCAGCAGUCCGUCCGGCGUUUGUACCAUGAGGACCUGGAGAAGAGGGACGCAAGGCUUCGGACGCUGCUAGCCGAGAAGAUGAAAGCAGAGUUGGAAGAGGAAGCGGAAGUUUGGAGGUCAUCGGUGCAUUCGAUUGCGCUGGAGCGGCGUCUUAGGCUUGCCAGCCCAAACAGCCAGAGCCAGGAGAUCCAAUCUGGCGAUCCGAGCAACAGAACAUCAGGUCUUCAUCGCGAAACUCCAAAAGAUCUAUCACCUCGAGCGGGAAAUGCGAACUCGACCGAGAACAAACCGGCUUGCGAGCAAACUUCAGAGCAGCCGCACGACAUGGACGAAAGAGCGCAAGCUCGGAGGCACGUGCUACAGCAAGGACACAACCCGAACAGCAGCACGCGCGAGGAAGCUUCCGAGCAGCCGCACGACAUGGACGAAAGAGCACGUGCAGACGCAGCUGUGCGGAUUCAGAGAGUGCAGCGCGGCAGGCAAGCUCGGAGGCACGUGCUACAGCAAGGACACAACCCGAACAGCAGCACGCGCGAGGAAGCUUCCGAGCAGCCGCACGACAUGGACGAAAGAGCACGUGCAGACGCAGCUGUGCGGAUUCAGAGAGUGCAGCGCGGCAGGCAAGCUCGGAGGCACGUGCUACAGCAAGGACAUAGCCCGAACAGCAGCACGCGCGAGGAAGCUUCCGAGCAGCCGCACGACAUGGACGAAAGAGCGCGUGCAGACGCAGCUGUGCGGAUUCAGAGUGUGCAGCGUGGCAGGCAAGCUCGGAGGCACCUGCUACAGCAAGGACAUAGCCCGAGCAGCAGCACGCGCGAGGAAGCUUCCGAGCAGCCGCACGACAUGGACGAAAGAGCGCGUGCAGACGCAGCUGUGCGGAUUCAGAGUGUGCAGCGCGGCAGGCAAGCUCGGAGGCACUUGCUACAGCAAGGACAUAGCCCCACGCGCGAGGAAGCUUCAGAGAAGCCGCACGACAUGGACGAAAGAGCGCGUGCAGACGCAGCUGUGCGGAUUCAGAGUGUGCAGCGCGGCAGGCAAGCUCGGAGGCACCUGCUACAGCAAGGACAUAGCCCGAGCAGCAGCACGCGCGAGGAAGCUUCAGAGCAGCCGCACGACAUGGACGAAAUUGCGCGUGCAGACGCAGCUGUGCGGAUUCAGAGUGUGCAGCGCGGCAGGCAAGCUCGGAGGCACCUGCUACAGCAAGGACAUAGCCCGAGCAGCAGCACGCGCGAGGAAGCUUCAGAGCAGCCGCACAACAUGGACGAAUCAGCAGAAGGAUAA